AUAAAAAUACUGCGAGGUGGUUUUGUAUGUUCGCAGGUUCCGCCCACAAUAUAACGCGAGCGAUUAACAAAUCGUAAGUUCGUAACACAAGAUUACACACACAUACACACGGUUUCUCUCCAGCCAUGGAUUCUUCCUCAUCAUCGGAUCAAUACAACCGGGAGCAGAUUGCACUGAGACAACAGAAAAGAGCUGCCCCUAUCAAGUUUCUCAUACCUCUCAUCUAUGCACCUGUUCUUCCUCUCAUUCGGUUGACGUUGAGGCAUAAACCGGUUUUAAGGGAUCGGUUGUUUACAGGGGUGUUGAUUGGGGCUUUUGCUCACGGAGCUUACCUGGUAGGGGAUCUGUAUGACGCUGAGAGCAAAUGAAUUUUGUCAGUCGUGGGCUGAAGAAUCUUCUAUAUGCUAACGACAUCAACUAUCAAUUUCCUUCCAUGACAUCAAAUUGUUUGUAGAUCAGAUUUAUAUUCUGGCAAGCACCAAUUGUGGUUAUACCAUCCGGCAUGCACUCUUUUAAAUUUUGGACUGGAUUGAUUCUAGUUGCAUAAUAUUCCUGAGAUGAGUAGAUAAUUCUACUUCUUAUUUCUGACAUUUAUCUUAUAUUGUUAUUUGUGGAUUUGCUACUUGAGCACUGCAUUAGAGUUUGAAACUUCAUUAUUAUUCGUGAA